ACCAGAAUCAUCCAACGGCUGUGGUUAUAGAAAACCCGUUCUUUUGUCCACCAAACAUGGGGGAUAGGCAUCUAUAAACAACGGUUGAAUGAGUUGGGGCAUCCCCACAAAUUUACACAAACCAGAAUCAUUGAACAAGUUGUGGGACUCUUGUUCGAAAUACAAGAAUGUCAGUUCUUCUAGUCUUACUAUAUUGUUUUUGUUUGGAUUCUGGCUCUGCCACAGACACCAUCACAUCUUUUCAACCCAUCAAAGAUCCUAACUACAUUAUCUCCAAUGGGAGUGCUUUCAAACUGGGAUUCUUCAGCCCGGUAAAUUCUACCAAUCGGUACCUCGGUAUAUGGUUUAAUAAAAAAUCUGUUUUACCUGCCCAAUGGGUAGCUAACAGAGAUAAACCCCUCAAGGAUUCUUCUGGGGUUCUUACUAUAUCUGAGGAUGGAAAUCUUGUACUAUUAAAUGGACGAAAGGAGAUUCUUUGGUCAUCAAAUAUUACGAGCUCUGUUGUCAAUUCAAGUGCCCAGCUUUCAGAUUCGGGGAACCUAGUCUUGCGAGAAAACACUACAGGGACAAAAUUAUGGGAGAGUUUCAAAAAACCUUCUGAUACACUCUUGCAAACAAUGAAAUUUAGUACCAAUGUAAGAACAGGUGAGAAAGUGCAGUUCACAUCAUGGAAAAGCCACUCUGAUCCAUCCAUUGGAAGCUUCUCUUGUGGUAUCCAACCUCAAAGUCUUCCUCAAAUAUUUAUUUGGAAAGAGGGUAGCCCCCAUUGGCGCAGUGGUCCAUGGAACACUAGGAUCUUUAUUGGAACACCAGAAACAGAUACGGUGUUUCACGAUGGAUUUAGUCUCGUAGAGGAUCAAGAUGGAACGUAUUCUUUCAGUUGUUCUUAUGUGACCGAUUCUUUGUUUCAUUAUGUCCUGACUACCGAAGGAGAUAUAGUGGAAAGAUAUUGGGAUUAUGAGAAAAAAGAUUGGGGGAUUGUGUGGAAUGCUGUGCAGAGUGAGUGUGAUGUUUAUGGUACGUGUGGGGAAUUUGGAAGCUGUAACACACAAAGUUCGCCAAUUUGCAGCUGUUUACCUGGGUUUGAGCCAAAGAACACAGAAGAAUGGCGUAGCGGAAAUUGGACUAGUGGAUGUGUGAGGAGGACACCAUUGCAGUGUGAGAGGGCGAACAGUACUGGUGGUGAAGCCGGCAAAAUGGAUGGGUUUUUGAAACUGAAAAUGAUGAAGGUGCCAGACCUCACAGAUUCGUCACCUGCUCAUGAAGACUAUUGCAGACAGCAGUGUUUAGAGAAUUGUUCUUGUAUAGCUUAUGCAUAUGAUAUUGGCACGGGUUGUAUGUCAUGGACUAGAAGCUUAAUUGACACACAAAAAUUCUCCAGCGGUGGAGUUGAUCUUUAUAUUCGCGUUGCCUAUUCAGAACUCGAUACAGAGGGAGAUGUGAUAAAAAUAGUCAUAAUCACCGUGAUCAUAGGAACAGUUUUUACUUCAGUCUGCAUAUUCAUAUUGUGGAGGUGGAUGGCUAAACAUAAAGCAAGGAGAAACAGAGAAAAUGGGAUUUUAUUAUUCAACAGAGGAGAAGCACAUAAACAAUUUCCAAGUGAAAACAUGCUUGGAGACAAUCUGAACCAAGUUAAAGUCCAGGAGCUACCACUAUUUGAUUUUGAGAAGCUGGCGAGUGCAACAAACAACUUCCAUCAAUCUAACAAGCUUGGCCAGGGUGGAUUUGGUCCUGUAUAUAGGGGAAAGUUAAUAGAUGGACAAGAAAUUGCUGUAAAAAGACUUUCCAAAACCUCUAGACAAGGCUUAGAAGAAUUUAUGAAUGAGGUGGUGGUAAUAUCUAAACUCCAACAUCGGAAUCUUGUUAAGCUCCUUGGUUGCUGUGUUGAAGGAGAAGAGAGGAUGUUGAUCUAUGAAUACAUGCCAAACAAAAGUCUGGAUGCAUUUCUAUUCGAUCCACACAAAAAUGAAUUGCUAGAUUGGACAAAACGCUUCAACGUUGUUGAAGGAAUUGGUCGAGGUUUGCUAUACCUUCAUAGGGAUUCUAGAUUAAGAAUUAUUCAUAGAGAUCUAAAGGCAAGUAACAUCUUGUUGGAUAAAGAACUAAAUCCAAAAAUAUCAGAUUUUGGUACGGCCAGGACUUUUAGAGGUAAUGAAGACCAGGCUGAUACUAAAAAGGUCGUCGGAACUUAUGGCUAUAUGUCCCCUGAAUAUGCAAUAGAAGGGCGAUAUUCAGAGAAAUCAGAUGUCUUCAGUUUUGGAGUGUUGUUACUAGAGAUAGUCAGUGGAAAAAGAAUUACUUGCUUUUAUGAUGAAGAGCAGUCUCUGACCCUUUUAGGACUGGCAUGGAAAUUGUGGAAUGCAGACAACAUUGUAGCAUUAAUAGACCCGAUGAUAUAUGAACCAUGCUUUGAAAUGGAAAUGUUGAGAUGCAUACAUGUCGGGCUGUUGUGUGUGCAAGAACUUGCUAAAGAUAGGCCGACUGCAUCUGUUUUUGUUUCUAUGCUUAAAAGUGAAAUUGUCGAUCUGCCUCGUCCAAAGAAACCAGCAUACACUGAAAGGCAGAUGGACUUAGAUACAAAGUAUUCUCAAAGCAGCCAAAAUAUAUGCUCUGUUAACAACGUUACUAUUACAGUGGCUCAAGGUCGAUAGGUAGCACGUGUUGAACAUAAUCAUGUCGUGGUUAUUUAAUUGAACUGAAUGAAUAUUCUAAAUCACUGCACAUGAACUUUUUAUUAGAGAAGCAGUAGGAUUUAUUGAAUUUUAUCUUACACAA